CCGCCGCGCCGGGGGGGUGGGGGGGCUGCGCGGGACUCUUUUUUUUCAGACUGACCGCGGGGCAGCUGGGGAGCAUGUCGACCCCGGCCCGGAGGAGACUUAUGCGGGAUUUCAAGCGAUUGCAAGAGGACCCACCUGUGGGUGUCAGUGGCGCACCAUCUGAAAACAACAUCAUGCAGUGGAAUGCAGUUAUAUUUGGACCAGAAGGGACACCCUUUGAAGAUGGUACUUUUAAACUAGUAAUAGAAUUUUCUGAAGAAUAUCCAAAUAAACCGCCAACUGUUAGGUUUUUAUCCAAAAUGUUUCAUCCAAAUGUGUAUGCUGAUGGUAGCAUAUGUUUAGAUAUCCUUCAGAAUAGAUGGAGUCCAACAUACGAUGUAUCUUCUAUCUUAACAUCAAUUCAGUCUCUGCUGGAUGAACCAAAUCCAAAUAGUCCAGCCAAUAGCCAGGCAGCACAGCUUUAUCAGGAAAACAAACGAGAAUACGAGAAAAGAGUUUCGGCCAUUGUUGAACAAAGCUGGAAUGAUUCAUAAUAGACAUCUGGUCUGUUAAUCUUUUUCAUCAUUGUUGUGUAUAAUUUACCUCUCAGUAGAAAGGCUAACAAAUUUUAAGUGCCACAGGUUUUAAGGAUUCUGCAGAAAAAAAAACCUUCGGUUUAGAACCUACAAAAGCUUGUGUAUCUUGAUUAAUGUACUUUUUAUUGCAUGGUGUGAA